GACUUAAGCUUUGCUGUCGGCACCAGGAGCUUUUUGAAGAGCAGUGUUUAAUUCCGCAGCGCUUUCCGCUCCCAGUCCGGUCUUGUAAGUUACCGUACUGCGCAAGGCGUUGCUUCAUCAGCACAGCGCAGGAAAACUAGCCUGGUCGAGACAGCCUAGAUGAGAGCCGCUCCCAGACCCACUAAAAUUUUCCAACAUCGAGGACGACAUUUGGCCUUCACAGCACUCUCGGCUCUCAACGCAUGAUGCCUUCCUUUUCCCAGGCUUCAAAGCCUGAAUCGCAAUAUCCAGCGCGAAUAGGCGACCUCACCGUCUUGCCCAUCACGUUUGCGCCCACGUCCGCAUACCCGCAUGCUUCAACGCAUUACCUCUACAUAAGACCUGACGCGCCCAAAGACGCAGAAGAGAUAUCUACCGACAACCAGCGCAGUCUCUUCGUAUCCAAUGUUCCCGUGACGGCUUCUGAAUCAUCUUUUCGGCAGCUCUUCAAAACGCUGCAUCCCCAAGCUAUCAUACAUCGUGCUGAGUUUGCCUCGGCGGAGAAAAAGUCUGCACGGCUGGCGGUGACUGGUGAAGUUGUGGUGCAGGGGACAAAGGUCGGGGUUCCUAUUGGACUCCUGAGGGGAAAGAAGAGGAAGCGGGGCGGAGUGGAUGAAGAUGCCCUUGUGAAACGCAAAUUGGCGGAAAUGGAGUUGCCUCCGGUUUGGGGACGCGGGGUGUGGGAAGGUGGAAGUAGUGCAGUGCUCGUCUUUGUGGAUCGUGACGCGAUGAGUAUUGCAUGGAGAGCGGUGCAGAGAGUUGCAAAGGAACAUGGAAAAGUCUCGUGGCCAGGAGCAGAAUCCGGUUUAGGCCUGGACAGAUACAUAACGCAUCAUACUUUGACAUAUCCCUCUCCAACAUUGCUCCAGCAAAAGGUCAACGCAUACCUGACCCACUUCAGCACUCUCGAAUCAAUCCGGAACAAGCAACUCCACCAGCAACGAAACGUGCCCGAUGAAGAAGGAUUCAUCACAGUCACACGCGGCGGUAGAACAGGUGCUGGUCGCAUAGAAGAUGCGCAGGAAGCGCAGAAACGGUUGAAGGAACGUGCGGAGAAGAGAGUCGGCGCCGACUUCUAUAGAUUCCAGACACGCGAGGAGAAGAAAAAGCGAGAGAUUGCGCUGAAAAAGAAGUUUGAAGAAGAUAGACGGAGAGUGGAGGAAAUGAGAAAGAAGAGAGGAAGGACGGUACCAGAAUAAACUGCUCUGCCUCGGUGGUUUUGUCAAAGAGAUGGAGAUGACUCAACGGUUUGCUUCGCUGUCUACCUAUUCCUUCUGGGCCAGAUCCUCUUGGAGUUCAAAAUUGAGAUUCGCCACGUCUAAAGUUGGGCGUCCCGGAUCACAACGCUCGAGAAUACUGGUUAGACUUUUGUCCAAGGCACGUCAACGACCAAACCCCUCUCUUUCUCUCCCUCUCGCUGCCCGGCCGCCUAUUACGUUCACAGCGAAUUCGGCGCGAAAGUAAGUAAUCCCAGCCACUCAGGAGUGGCUUCAGAUGCAGGCUUUACGACUCUAAGUCACUCGAAGCAAGUCUAACAUGCGAGAAAGCACGAAACAUCUAUCGCCGCGUUAUCUUUUCCAGAGCCAGGGGAUGACCAUUCCUUGGUGGCCCGUCCACAAACGCUCGUCUGUGGAUUGGGUGUAUUCACACGUCAUCCAGCGGCCGCAGGCCUCCGUUCACGAGGGCCAUUAAAUCUCAGUAAAGGGGCCUCAAAGCAUUCGAAUCCAAUCUGUACUGAAGACGAUGGGGCUCUGCGCAGUUAUGAGACUUGGUGUCUGCUAUCUUUCAAGUUGUGCCUCUUGAUUUCACCUGAAGUUGGCAGUGAGACAUUUGAGUAGUGCUCUUGAUGGAUUCGACAAGCUAGUCAAGCUUUUGGGCCUAAGACAGCUUUGACGGGAUAUUGCGAGGUUUCAUUGUGCUUUCUCAGGACUAACGAAUAACAAUGGCUGAUGCCGACUGCGGAACAAUGACACAUAUUCC